AAGGUGGAGGUGAAGGGUUAGAACGAUUUACUGAAGCAUUUGUUUGAUAAAUCAGAGAAUUCAGAUAAGAUCUUCAUCUUAAGUAAGAUUUUAGUGUCGCUCUUUGGAAUUAUGUAAACUUUAUGCCACACCCAGACACACCCACACGUCGACCUUUUUUUGUCUUCUAAAUCAAACAAAAAUCUAAAUUGGUCCUAAUUUUUUUGAGCUCUUGAUUGGCACAGUGGGGAUCGUUUGGCCCUCGGGGGCCUCUGCGGCCUCCUCCAAUCUAAAGAUGAGGCGAUCCAGCACAGAUGAGACUCCAUACCGGCGCAGUCCGUCUCUGGACAGUAAGACUGGCUCGCCUCCGUUCUGUUUUGGGAGCGAGCGCGAGCACCGUGGUGCGCCUUUCGGGUUCAGCUUUCGCACGGCCCCGGGGACGAAGACAGCCAAAGCGGGUUACGCAACAGCGCAGGGCAGGAAGUAUGUGGUUUUUUACCUGGACCUCUCCUUCAUUUUCCUCCUAGAGCUGCGCCGCUGCAGGAUGGCUGAGGGCUGCAUGAGGGCCCUGCGUUACGCCAUGGUGUUCUUCAACCUGCUCUUCUGGCUGGGGGGAUGUGGGAUUCUGGGAGUAGGCGUAUGGCUGUCAGUCACCCAAGGAAGCUUCGCUACUCUCUCCACCUCUCUGCCGUCUCUGUCUGCUGCCAAUCUCCUCAUCGCCGUGGGAACCAUCAUCAUGGUGAUCGGCUGCCUGGGAUGCGUCGGCGCCGUCAAGGAGAGUCGGCCACUGCUUCUCAGUUUCUUUGUCCUGCUGCUCCUGAUCUUCCUGCUGGAGGUUCUGUUCAUCAUCCUCUUCUUCGCAUAUCAGGAUCAGAUUGACCAUUACGCUCAAAGUGACCUGAAAAAAGGCCUGCAGCUGUUCGGCACUGAGGGAAACAUCGGCCUGACCAACGCCUGGAGCAUCGUCCAGACUGACUUUCGUUGCUGUGGCGUAAAUAAUCACACCGACUGGUUUGACGUGUACAACACUACACGUGUCCCGGACUCCUGCUGCCUGGAAUACAGCGACAACUGUGGCCUGGAAAAUCCCGGGACAUGGUGGACUGCUCCGUGUUACGAGCGGGUGAAGAGCUGGCUCCAGGAAAACCUCGUAGCUCUGUGGAUUUUCGCUCUGUGCACAGCUCUAACGCAGAUCUUAGGGCUGGUGUUCUCCAUGACUAUCUUCUGCCAGGCCGUUAAAGUGGACACGUUCUACACCUAGAAACAUUUUAUAGGACACUUUUAUUUUGUGAGAAACAGGAAACCUUCAUCUCUUUUCUUGUCUUUGUUUUUUUUUCUUUAUAUGUUGAUGUGACAUCAUCAUCGUGUUCUCCAGCUGGACGUUUCUUCUCUCCAGCGUCGAGUCCACUAGCUAACGCAGUGUUCACCAAACGUUCUCGUAAGAUCGUGACAAUGAAAUUCUGAUUAAAGAGAAGAAAGUUUAAUCGUUUUACCGUCCGGAUCAAAUCAUCUCAUCCAUUCCAGUGAGCAGAAAAGUGGACAGAAGACGUGACGUGACGUCAUCGAGGAAUCAUCGGCAACCCGCUGUAACGUCACAGAAAGUAAUUACAGGAAACGUUACAGCUUGGAGAAGAAAGAAAAAAAAAAAUGGCCUUUUUGAGUAUAAAAUAAUAACCUGAGUCCUGAACACAUUCCAGAGCUGAAGAUAUCUGCAGUUUAAUCAGAUCAUAAGAAGAGAUUUGUCAAAAAAAAACAUCAUUUAUCUUCAUUAAGUAACAGACGUGCGUGUAAAUAUAUGUACUUCCUCUGGGAUCUUUCAAAAUCCGUACUUAUUAUAAUGUAAAAAUAUAAAUAAAGCUUUUAUAGUGAA